GACAGAACGUUAUAGAUCGCUAUAAACAAAUAUUUAUUUGUGUUUUUGAUUCGUUGUAGAUUGACCGCAUUUAUCGUGUUUUUUCACAUAGGCUGUGGAUGUCUUGUAAUUAAAAAUUGGCUUCAACAUCACCCGUUUCUACAUCCAUUCGUUUUACCCGCCAAAUUGUAUCGAAAUUAUAGGUCCCUUGUAAAAAGUCAGUCAUUUAAAUAGUCUUUAGAAGCGGAAUUAAAUAAUUACAUAGAUGGUUCGCCUGUUUUGCAGUGUAUAUAGCACAAGAAAUUGGGAUCCGCCAUUUUAUUUUGCUUUAUUUAGGUAGAUGGGGGAAAGGGAUGAGCUCCGGCACUAUCACCAUGUGUUUAUGGAUUGUGCAUCAUCACCAGCGUCUUCAUAAAUGUAUGGAUACGCAUCAUUAUCACCAUCGGUUUAUGUGUUUACCCUCAUUUUCAUUUCCUAUUCGUCUAAAGCCAGUUUAUGGUUUCUUAGUUGUCAGCGGUACUGAGUGGAGUGUUGUCAUGAGUGCCAAAGAGGACAUGGAUAUUCUGCCAAAUAUUGCAGCUGCAUCAUCUGAAAGCAAUGUCUCUCACAUGCCAGAUAACAAUUCUCACCAGCAGAAAGUGCAGGAGACUACAACAAUUGUGUUACCAGCCUUUGCUCAUCCUUUAAAAAAAGCUGAGUUGCCUCAAAAUGCAGGCAUGACUAUUAAAGGAAUCAGUGGAAUCAGUGAACUAGAUGCUGCAUCACUGACUGCUCCGGUUGGAGGGACCAUUGUGCAUGUUCUUGGCUGGAAGGAGAGAAUGGCCAUACUGCCGGCAAGCAAGUUAAAAUUUUGUGUUAAUGAGAGUGCAUCACUGGAAGUGUUUAGUGAAGGGAAAACCAUCUCUUCUAACCAGACCACUAAAGAAUCUCAGACAAAAUCAGCAAAUUUAAUACUCAAACAAGUUAAAGAAUCAGAUAUCUCAGCUGAUGGAAAUGGCAUGUCAACUGCUUCUGCAGUGGCAGAUAGACUACAGAGGGCACAUAUGGAAGUCCAAGACAGUCUGGUUCAUAGGAAAUGCGGGAUAACAGUAAAAGGAAGCUACCCUGAGGAACUACGCAAGGAGCCAAGUUACCCAGACGAACUACGCAAGGAGCCAAUGUCUGAAAAUCCUGCAAGUGUUGAGAGCAUUGCGACUGCUCUGCUGACCUUUAAUGAACAUGACAUUUUGAAGCCCAUAAAGAAUAGGAAGAGGAGGGAAUACAACAGCCUUUCGGAAGAAGACUCAGAUAAUGAAACAAUGGAGGAGAAAUUUGAGACUGAUGGCAGAUCAAAUAAAGGUACAGCAGAGACUAAACUUGAAUCAUUGUCGUGGCCACAGUAUCUAGAAGAACAGAAAGCUAUGGCUGCUCCAGUCCGACUCUUCCAAGAGACUCAGAGGGUUCCCAUUUUUAAAAACAACUUCAGACAGGGUAUGAAGUUGGAGGGCAUCGACCCGCAGCAUCCUUCAAUGUAUUUCGCCCUUACAGUGGCUGAGGUUUGUGGCUUUAGAUUACGUCUUCAUUUUGAUGGCUAUUCUGACUCCCAUGACUUCUGGGUUAAUUCCAAUUGCCCUGAUAUUCACCCUGCUGGAUGGUGUGAAAGCACAGGACACAAGUUAUAUACUCCAAAAGGAUGUAAAGAGGAAGAGUUUUCUUGGUCUAACUAUCUUAAAAUCACCAGAUCACAGACUGCCCCAAAGGAGUUGUUCUUUAGCACAAUCAAAACAGAAACUUAUUGUGGAUUUGAGGUGGGGAUGAAGUUAGAGGCAGUCGACCGCAUGAAUCCUUCUCUAAUCUGUGUUGCCACAGUAACAGACAAAGUAGGCAUCCGAUUUCUGGUUCAUUUUGAUAACUGGGAUGACACUUAUGACUACUGGUGUGAUGCUCACAGUCCUUAUAUUCAUCCCAUUGGCUGGUGUCAUGAAAGGGGCCUCCCUCUCACACCUCCACAAGAUUACCCUGACCCUGAUGGAUUCUCCUGGGAGAGAUAUUUGGAAGAGACAGGCUCAACUGCAGUUGCCCCUGAAUCAUUUGUAGUGCGUCCUCCUCAUGGCUUCCAGGUGCAGAUGAAAUUGGAGGCAGUGGAUAAAAGAUGUCCAGGGCUCAUCCGUGUAGCUACAGUUCAAGAGGUGGACACUUACAGAAUUAAGAUUCAUUUUGAUGGGUGGAGCCAUUUGUAUGACGAGUGGAUGGAUUCUGACCAUCCGGACAUCCACCCAGUUGGCUGGUCUGAAAGCACAGGACACCCCCUUAAACACCCACCUUCCCAGCCGAGUGCCCGGAAAGAUGGUCCCAGGGAGAACCUGACAGUCCAACAACCAAACUUCUCCUCCAUGUCCUGUAAAAGCCUUCCUCAGCCUCGCAACACCUCAAAAUACAGCUUCCACCACAGAAAGUGUCCUACUCCAGGAUGUGAUGGGUCUGGUCAUGUGACUGGCCGUUUUACCGCUCAUCAUUGUUUAUCUGGUUGUCCAUUAGCUGAGAGAAACCAGGGGCGACUCAAGGCGGAUCUCUCUGACACAGAAGUAUCCAAGCGCACACUCUUCAUCUUUGGCCAGAGAGCAAAAAAGUCACGGUACCAUGGCAGGAUUGGUCGCCCCCCUAAAUAUCGCAAAAGUCAGCAAAGUCAGAAUAUGACAUCUGAAGCCAAGUACCCCUCUCUCUUCAUGACGGCAUUCACAGCUAAUGCUGACCGCACUCUCUCUCUCUGCUGGGAGCAGAACUGUAAAUUACUGCCUGGAGUUGCAGGAAUUCAUGCAAGUCAAGUAGCUACCUGGACUGUAGAAGAGGAAUUGCAAUGCGCGUGAGGGUUUAAAACCAGCGCACAAGUUUGUCCCGUUUGACAAUCAAGUAAGAACAGCGCACGCAUGCAUCAAUGAGGCAUUUGGAUGAAUGAUAUUGACUUACAGCUAGUUUACUUUCUCUCGUUUAAAAGGUUGCAGCGGGAUGUAACAAUGUUGCCCUGAAUAUAGAGAAUAUCGCCCAACACUACCCAGAGGUUUCUGACAAGAAAUACAAGCUCACCAACAUUGUCUGGAUUCAUAGAUGCCCUUUACAUAUGACAAUAUGAAAAAGCCCUUUCAGAGAGGGAGCUUGUGGCCUGAAUGCACAAGUAGGGUUGUGCCAGUUGGCUUACUCUGGAGAAGUUUUUUGAUAGACUUUCCACCAAUCUAGAGGUUUGAAGUCAUUAUCAACAUCUGUAGACAGAAAGUAUUUGCAGAGCUCCCUCACAACAGUUUGCUGUGUACUCAAGCCCUCUAGGUUAGUAGCAUACCAGUCAACUUUCCCGUUUUGGCCAAGAGUCUCCAAUUUUUCAAUCCCAUCUCCCACCACCUUCCCGUUUUGUUAUUUGUCCCAUGAAACUCCAGACCAACGACAGACUUUGCGAACAGCCCCGGGAAAACAUGGAACCUCCCAGAAGGUAAUCCUGGGUCUCCCAGAUUUUGGUACCAAGAUGUUGACAGGUAUGGUUAGUAGUAGUGGUGGGCCUGUUUGACAAAAGCUAGCCACAGCUUGGGUCAACGAGGCAUGGCAUGUCAAGAAGAUCAGCCAUGGCUUGGUCAACAUACUUUUCCUCGAGGUAUCCCAAACUUUUGUCUUUAUGGUCCUACCUAGCUCUGUGUCACUUCAGCACUUGUGUUUUGGCCAGUCAUACUCUUCCUGAGCAGCGAAAGAUCCAGUUUCUUCUUCCAGUAGCAGAAGGCGGCCACCACCUUUUUACCGACCUGUCCAAUUGCUUCUUCUAGUUAACCGUCUCUAGACAGAAAGAGAAUAAUAUUGCAAAUUGGAGUGUGAAGUUCUCAUUUGUUUGUAUAUUUACAUUAUUCUUACAGCAAAAGCAAUUUAACUUAUUUUAUCUGGCUUGUUGUGCAGCUUUUAAUAAUUAAACCAUAAACAUACUAUUGAUUUGAUUUAAUCGAAUUGUUUUCAGAAUUUUCAGAUUUAUAUUGAUUCUAAGCCAUCUGACUCCAUACAUUUUCAAAAAAAUAUUGUUUAAGUAAAAUCAAAGAGAUACAAAUACUUAAUAAUUAACUCUGGCGUGAUUCAUUGUGUGGGGAGUAUGGGUGGGACCUUGAUACCACGUUGUCCAUCUUUUAUUAUUCAACUAAAAUAACUCUUUGUUAAAUUAAGUGAUUAGAUUUGUGCUCUAGAAGUAAUUUAAUCAAUGGUUUCAAAUAUAUUAAUGGUGAUUAAAGGGCACAAGUCACUAACAGAACACGGUGAAGGAAUUCACACAUGGUCAAAAGUAUAGCAUACAUAUGACACCUCAAAAAGUAGUUACUUUUGUUGAGCUGAUUUGUCACUACAGACUGUAAAACUAGAACAGUUUUCACUGUAUGAAUUCCUUUUUAAGCUACUAAGUUAUUGAGCCAACAGUGAGUAAUUCUCUAUUUCCCUUUACGUCGGUCUCUUGUCGUUGUGCCGAGACAGAAUGGGGUUUGAACUUGAGAACAUAUCAUCUCUGAUUGUACUUUAAAAGGCAAAUGACUGGCAUGGCAUGCCAGUCUCCGCCCCAAGGUUGCUCUCAUGGAGGCUGCUCUCGCUCCUCUCAGAGAGCAGGGCGUGCGUAUUCUCAAAUAUCUCAACUACUGGCUCGCACUCACAAGAUCUUUUGUGUACGCACAGAGACCUCGUGCUCCGGCACCUCAACCGACUGGGCCUACAGGUUAACUGGGAAAAGAGCAAGCUCUCCCUGGCAAAACGCAUCUCUUAUCUCGGUAUGGAACUAGACUCCGUCACCAUGUUGGUGUGCCUUACCAACGAGCGCAUUCCAGCUCAUUUGGGAGCAGUUCGGGCAGGCACAGGUGGACCUGCUCGCCUCCCUGGACACCUGUUGUGUCCUGUAUAUGCCCUCUACUUGGACCGCACGCAGAGCUUCAUAAGUUCUGAGCAGCUCUUUGUCUGCUUUGGAGGACAGUAGAAGAGCACUAUCUCCAAAUAGAGGUUGGCGCAAUGGAUUGUGGAUGCCAUCACUUUGGCGUACCGAUACAAAUCUUGCAGUGAGAGCUCACUCCACCCGGGGUAUAACCUCCUCAUGGGCACUGGCUCAGGGUGCCUCUCUGUCAGACAUCUUCAGAGCUGCGGGUUGGGCUAUGCCCAACACUUUUGCAAGAUUCUAAAACCUUUUUGUAGAGCCUGAGUCAGCCCGCGUCUUGCAUGGCAGGUAAGACCGGUGGCCGGCGCGGUGUAUGCCUGCGAAGCGCCAUCACCCCUUCAUCAGGUCUCCGCCUGUACGGCCGUUAGUAAGACUCUCUAGUCGAUGACCAGAGGUGUCAAAAGUAUUCACAUUCAUUACUCAAGUAGAAGUAUAGAUGCAAGGGUUUAAAAAGACUUCUGUAGAAGCUGAAGUAUCAACUCAAGCUUUUUACUCAAAUAAAAGUUUAAAAGUACGGGUUUCAAAACUACUUCAAGUAUAAAAGGACAAAACCUUAGGCUGCACCACAGUGGCCUAUUGUGCACUACCCCACCUCCUCCCAAAAAAAAUGUUAAGCCCAUAAUUACUAUAAUUUUGUAUUAAAAUGUUAAUGUUGAAACAUUUGGGAUGCACUAGGCUACAUGUUUCAGCCGCAAUGUUUCAAUGCCUUUCAGGUUCCUCACCCCAAAAGGUGAAUGAAUGGGCACGCCAUCUUCCUUUUAUACCCGUAUGUACGGGGUGGAGACUGGCAUGCCUUACCAUUCGCCAAGUUCAUUGGCCUUUAAAAGUACAAUCAGAGAGGAUAGGUUCUCAAGUUCAAACCCCAUUCUGUCUCGACACAACGUCUCGUUCCUUCCAUCAGGGAACGGAGGUUACAUCCGUAACCGAGAGAUUUUCUUUUGUUGUUUGAUUCAUAUUAACAGCAAUGAACAGCAGUAAUAGUAGCCUGCUGUCACUUUGUGCCUUAAAACAUGGAUCCUGUAUUCGUAUUAUAUAUAUUUAUACAUGUAAUGAGUUUAAAAUAGUGGGCAACACAUGCAGUAUUUCUUUUAACUUUGAAGGGAGUUGACCUGAGCUUGUGUUUAUGAAUAUGU